GCUUCCAUGAAGAGCCAGAGAGGAAAUACUACUUUGAAUGUGAUACAGAAGAACAAUGCCAGGAAUGGAUUGACGUCCUUCGCAAGGCCAGUUACGAAUUCAUGAGAAGCAGCUUGAUCUUUUAUCGGAACGAGAUCCAGAAGAUGACGGGGAAGGACCCCUUGGAGCAAUAUGGCAUCUCAGAGGAAGCCCGUUUCCAGCUGCGGGCACGGAAGCUUUAAUCCACGUAAGGUGAACCCAGGAACUCCACGGCUGAAAUGUCGACAGAGUUAAUUCUCUAUUUUUUUUACGAACUUAAGGGAGGGGAAGGGAAUGUUUUCUUUUUUUAAAAAAAAA